GGUAAACUGAGACAAGAUGAUUCCAGUUGUGCUGCCGCUGCUGCUGCUGCUCAGUCCUGCUUUGGCAUGGAUUCCAUUAAAUGAAUGGGAGUCUGGCAAUGUGACUGUGUCAGUGGGCGAGGCAGGUCAGUGUGUUUGUCAUGUGUACGUGCCUGAAACCACCUUCCCUGCCGACCGGGUUCAGCACAUGCAGCAGGUCAGCAAGGAUCUGAUCCUGGAGGUGGAUAUUCAAGUGAAAAAGAUGGUGAGCUACGAGGGCAACUUGGAGGUCUACUUGAAGGAGCUGAUGGACCUAACUGUGAGAGUGGCCAUGCUGGAGAGCAGUCCCGACAAAUACAUCAAACUGGACUUCGAGAUACUCAGGGUUGAGCUCCGAGAGUUUGAGGCUCUGGUGUCUCAGCUCAAAGACUCCCUCAACUCCACCUCGCCCAUGUUUGACAGCCUGCAUACUGAGAUCCGCAACAUGACCCUCAUUGUGAACCAACUGGAGACGUUCGACAAGAGCAACCUGGAGGUGAUCCGCAUUGAGUUUGCUAAGCUGCAGAAGAAGCUGCAGGAGUGCCAGAAGGAGCAGGAGUUCAUCAAGCCAGAUAUUGGCAACUGCAAUCACACAGGAAUCAUGGCGGUCAGCAAGCCUACUGUCAUCCAACUGAAUGCUCAUCUGAGUGCAGGUUACCAGUAUGGGGGCUGGGGAAAAGACUCCAAACCUGUUAGAGGCUAUGAAUCAAUGUACUUCUACGGUGCAUACACCAGUCCCAAUGUGUAUGACUUCUAUUUGUACUCCGACUAUGAAAAGCUGAUUCUGAGGUCCGCAUUCAAACACCAUGACUUACCAAGUGGGUGGGAGGGUACUGGUAACAACUACAUUGUUCACGGUAACACCAUAUACUACCAGCACAACACACCUUUCAGUAUGAGCAAACUGAAUCUGACCAGUUCCAAAUAUGAGUACAGAGUAAUCGCAGAUGCCAGUCAAAGGUUCUCGUACAGUUACUCAGACCAUCAGAACAUUGACUUUGCUGCUGAUGAGAAUGGCUUGUGGGUAAUGUAUGCCUCAGAGGAGAGCAAAGGUAAAAUCAUCCUCGCUAAAAUAGAUGAGAAAUCGUUUGGCAUUGAGGACCAGUGGAACACUGGUGUGUUCAAGCAGUUGGCCGGCAACGCUUUCAUGGCCUGUGGAGUCAUGUACGCCACCAGGUCGGUGGAUCUGAACACAGAGGAGAUCUACUACGCAUUCGACACGAAGACCAAGCAGGAGAAACACCUCAACGUCCGCUUCCAGAAGUUCCAGGAGAAAUACACCAACCUGGACUACAAUCCCACCGAUCAGAAGCUCUACAUGUACAACAACGGCUACUAUGUGACCUACAAUGUGAAGUUUAACAGAGAAUGAUCCCUCUGCUUUGUGAUCUGUCGUAUUGUGAUUGAUACGAUUGAUCUGUAUUUACUCACUUUGUCACUGGAGCUCUAUAAAGCUAUGUAUUGUCACACAUAGACUUUCUACUGUCUUUUCCUGAAUAAAAUCA